AUGAAAAUAUCACUGGAGGAGACCCGAGGUCCUCCAGAAAAUUCAUAUAAUGACCUUAAGAAGUUAUAUAAAAGGUUUUCUCAGACCAUUACUCUUCCAAUGGCAGGCUCCAUUCUAGAUUCAGGUCCUCCAUCACCGCCAACGGAAAUGCAGCAAGACUUUUCCAUGGAUUCUGCUUUAGCUCCGUCCUCUCCGUUGACGGAAGAAGAAGAUAUAGACACUGCCCUACCAAUUGACAAUCUGAAAAAUCUGAACUACUUUGUAAAUAUCUUAUCGUCUGUACAAGUGUUUGCUGGAUUAAAUAACGGAACACGAAAAAGUUCAGCUACUAAACAUCAACCUCGGUCUGAUAAUGAACCUGAGACAGAAGCCCAAAAUCCAGAACGACCCCCACAUGAGAUAUACCUAGAGGAGAAUUAUACAAAGAAGGAGGGAGAAAAAGAAGAAUUGACACCAGAAGAGGAAGCUGAAGUUGCGAGGCAACAGAAGCUUCUUGACGAUGCUCAAAGGGCACACGAGUUGAAAGGAAGUUUAGCAGAGGAAGAUGAGAGAAAAAUUUCCAAGAUUUUGGCAAGUUUGGCUGCUGGAGGGGACCAAAAUGAUCUUGAUCAGUUAUAUAAAGCCGAAUUAGAAAAGGAGCAGGACUCGCUGCUGGUUCAAACUGCUAGAAGAGGCUCUAUUGUAAACACUAGUGAUAGUCUACACAGUAGUAGCACUUUCGGAGGAUCGAUAGGAGGCGCUACUGGUAGUGGAAUUAGCUUAUCUCAGAAUUCAUCGUCGCUUCGGAGUGAUGCAGUUGCUACUACUCCCUUUCAGAAGUCUGUAGUCGAAAAUAUAGUACCCCACUUUCUUCGAGAAAGUAUAUUAGUUAAGCUCAAAAAAACUGAGAUCGAAGAAUCUAAGAAUGGUGUAUCUGGUACUCAGAAUGAACUUGACUUCAAAAGAAAAAGGCUUUAUUUACAGAUCGCUGACAAGCUUCAAAAGGUUUUCGAACUAGACGACGAUGAUAUUUUCUAUGGAAAUUAUAGUGCUUGGCUUGUUAGAGAUGUAUUAUUGCAGGGUCACUUAUAUUUAACAAAAAAAAAUAUACUAUUCUUUGCCUUUCUACCAGAUAGGCAUAAGCAUGAUGAAGGUGGAGAUGAACUGGUACAAACCGGGUCCCUUGGAAUGAAAGCAGCAAAGUACGUAGAAACUGUACUCACUACUGUCUUAACUCAUAGAUUUUGGGCCAUACUUAAACCAGAUACAUUGAGCAUAUUUUCAUCGUCAACAGAUUUGUACUUCCCAAAUUUAGUAAUUGAUUUAAAUACUUGUAUAAGGGCUGAAGUUGUUGAUAAAGGGAGCAAUAACUUAACUUCUACGAUGAUGACUGAAUCAGGUUCAAAUACCCCAGCUGCUCAUGCUGCUACUCAGUCACCGAGGUCUAUUUCUUCCUCAACUUCCUUAGCUGAGGUGGAUAUUGAUGCAGAUAAUGCUAGUGUGUUAUUGGCUAUGAAAUCUAAUGAAAUAGAGGAAAUUAAUGAAAGUGUCACUGGUGGUGUUUGGUUUAAGUUGGUAACUACCAAGAAAACCUAUCGAUUCCACACUGAUAAUUUAUAUUCAGCUAGACAAUGGGUGAAUAAUUUGACAAAGAUAAUAUUUGAGAAGAACAAUAGCAAUGCUAAAAAUGAAGUGUUGUGUAAGAUUCCAAUUGAUAAAGUCAUAGACUUUGAAAGACAUACUAUGUUCGAUGGAGCCAUGCUGGAGGAUAGUACCAAAAUGAAUGGAAAUCUGAAGGAAGCUGUAGAUGAUUCUACUGUGGAAAUUCCAAGUUCCUUGACACUAAGUUAUUUGGCUUCCAAUGCAAUUGAAGAAAAAUUGCUCCUGAAGGAAGGAAUGAAGAAGAAAUUGAAAGCUAAAACAAAAAUUGAAAGAGGAAGUCGCUCAAAAGAUGUUGAUCUAAUUUGUUUUAUGUUUUUCAGGGAAGCUGAAAACUUCAUGAAGUGUUUUAAGGAGAUAAUACUUGAACACCGCAAAAAUGAAACUCUGUCGAAUACAGAGUCAUCUUUAUCUGAGAAGAUGAUGGAAAAAGCUAAAAAAAUUGUUAGAAGAGAGUCUGUUGGCUCUAUGUCAUCUUUGAGACGGGCUUCAACUGGACCGAGUGUGACUACAAUAUCGAAUUCCUCUCCAGUCUCUACUUUGCAGCCAUCAAAUAACACAUUACUUUCUCUUUUGAGUUACAGUAACAAAUUAAGAGAACUGGCUCAAGCCGAUGAAGUUAAAGAUCGAAAUCGGAAAAUAGACUCAAAUUGUUUGAACAGCACACAUGAAACAACACUGACUCAACUGAGUUCACUGAUUUGUGAAUUUAAUACUUCUACACAAUCAAACUCGAGCUCUUCUUCAAAGAUAAAAAAAAUCAGUAAAUCUUUGGUAAAUCCUGUGAAGAUUUUAAGUAGUAACAACAAUGCAGGUGGAGGGAGACUUAGAGCUGCAACAUCACCACUGGAUAAUGCUGGCCCUUCUCCAUUUCUAGAAAGAUCAAAUUCUGAAGCUCAACUUGAUUCUUUAUCCGCAAGUCUGACUUCACGAUUAACACUUCCAAGGCAGAUUUCUGUAACAGGUUUGAAAAAUUUGAAUAUGUCAUUUGAAACUUCGACGCGAGAUAUACAAGUUGCGGAGUCGAGGUAUGCCAAUAAAGUGGAUUCUCCACUGCAAGCAGAUCCAAAGAUGAAUUUCGAAGUUGGUGAUAAGGAAGGUGAUGCAAAUGCCUCUGAUAUAAGUGAAAAUGGAAACGAGAAGCAUGAAUUGUUGAAGCGCGACUCGAUUUUGAGUCUCGAUGACGAUAAGAGCAAGGUUUCGCUAACCAACCCUCUUAAUUUAACUGAUCCAGUUGAGUUUGAACUGGAUCAAAAGAAGAAAAGAUCUUCAAAACUUAAGAAAGGACUCAAAGCUUUCGAGAAUGUCUAUCACAUGUGGUCUGCGCAUCCCAAUCAUUACAAGGAGUACAUGGAAAAUGAUCCAUAUUUCGUUAAUGAGCCUGAUGAAAGAGAAAGUGCUUAUAACAACUUUAUUGACUAUUUUAAGUUGAGAAGGUCCACGGAACUAAUAGCAAGCUACUAUUGUCAUUUGAAAAGAUCUAUUCCUGUGUAUGGUAGCUUGUAUAUGGGAAGUGAUUGUCUUUGUUUUAAAAGUUUACUACCUGGAGUUAAAACUCGAAUGAUAUUGCCAUUAGAAGACAUUGAAGACUGCAACCGAGGAAAGGGGCAUUCUAUUAAUUACUCUGGAUUAUCUAUCGUCAUAAAAGGAUUUGAAGAGAUUGUUAUAGAAUUUAGUUCACAAAAAGCAAGAGAUGAUUGCGAAGGGUUGCUUUUGAGUCAAAUAGACUAUAUUCACAAGAAACAUAGCGCUGAUCGCCCUAGAAGAGAUAGCUCCGUACUGGUUGAUUCUAGUGAGUCUCAUUCUUCUCAAAAGCCCUUUGUCAGACUGGCCAACUCCAGGAUUGAAAAUGCAAGAAUAAAACUAUUUGAAGAUAAAAUUAAUUUCGCCAUGGGAUUAGAUGUGCCUUUAAUUCUUGAAGACUCACCUUUCUUCAAAACAGAAAUACGCCCGGCGACAUCCUUUAACUUUACUUUAUUGACAAUUGGAUCAAGGGGUGAUGUUCAACCAUAUAUAGCAUUGGCCAAAGGAUUGAUCGCAGAGGGACAUAGAGUAACAAUUGCUACUCAUGUCGAAUUUAAAGAUUGGAUUAUAAAGCAUAAAAUUAAUUUCAAACCCAUAGCAGGAGACCCUACCGAGUUAAUGGCGUUAAUGGUAAGCCAUGGAUCUAUGUCUGUCAAUUUCAUAAAGGAAGCUAGUGCCAAGUUCCGUGGUUGGAUCAAAGAUCUAUUAAAUACUAGCUGGGAAGCGUGCCAAGGAACCGAGAUUCUCAUAGAAAGCCCUUCUGCAAUGGCAGGUUUACAUAUAGCUGAAGCAUUAGGAAUUCCUUACUUCAGAGCAUUCACUAUGCCGUGGACUCGAACUAGAGCCUAUCCGCAUGCAUUUAUUGUUCCGGAUCAGAAAAGAAGUGGAUCAUAUAAUUACUUAACUCAUGUCAUGUUUGAAACUGUGUUUUGGAAGGGAAUUUCCUCGCAGAUUAAUAGAUGGCGAGUGGAAGAGUUGGGAAUACCUAGAACGAAUCUAUACAAAAUGCAACAAAGUAAGGUUCCAUUUUUGUAUAAUAUAUCACCUUCAAUUUAUCCACCUUCAGUUGAUUUCCCCGACUGGAUUAAGGUAACGGGGUAUUGGUUUUUAGAGGAAGGACUGCAGAAAGAUAAUUAUGAACCUCCCCAAAAACUAGUAGAGUUCAUGGAAAAGGCGAGGAACGAUAAUAAAAAGAUUGUUUAUAUUGGAUUCGGAUCAAUUGUCGUUAAGAAUGCCAAAGAGCUUACGAAGGCAGUCGUAGAUGCUGUGUUAAGCUCGGAUGUCAGAUGCAUUUUAAAUAAAGGUUGGUCAGAUAGGACUUCGAAAAAUGAAGACGCCAAUGAACCAGAGAUUGAACUUCCUCCCGAGGUUUACAAUUCAGGGAAUGUUCCUCAUGACUGGCUCUUCCUGAGAAUAGAUGCUGCAGUUCAUCAUGGAGGUUCUGGAACAACUGGUGCCACUCUUAAAGCGGGUCUCCCAACCGUUAUAAAGCCAUUCUUUGGUGACCAAUUUUUUUAUGCUUCGAGAGUGGAGGAUAUUGAGGUUGGGUUGGGUCUCAAAAAGUUAAACUCCAAGUCACUUUCUAAAUGUUUAAAGAUCGUGACUACUGAUAAAAAGAUGAUUGAAAGGGCCCGUAAGAUCAGUUCUCGUAUACGACACGAAAAUGGAGUAUUAAACGCAAUUGAGUGUAUUUAUUCGGAAUUGGAGUAUGCAAGAAAUCUACUGAUAUCGAAGCAUCUUGAUUAUAAUAAGGAUCACAUUAUUUCUGCACCUUUUACACCAGCAACGGAUGAGCAAGAAGAAGGGAAUACAAUGGAUGCUAAAUUGACGAAUAAUAAUGAAGAGCCGGAAGAAUGUGGAGAGAAUAGUCAGAUGGGAAGCGGAGAAUCAAGUACAUCUAGUAACAAUGAUCGUAGCUAUGAAAUCAUGGAUGAAAGAGCGGAUGGUCGAGGGUAUGAGAAAGACAAAGUGAGAAAAGCUAAAAACGGAGAUGAAAAUGGAGAUGUUGCAGUCGACGAAAGAGUAGACCUGGAAGACCAAAGGAAAGAAGAAGAGGAGGAGGAAGAAGAGGAAGAUGCUGGCAAAAUAGAUCAUAAUGAUUAUUUUUCACGAUGA